AAAACUAACAAUUUCCAGAAAGUCUAAAAAAAAAAUAAAAAAAAUUGAAAAGAAAUUUUCGGACAGCCCGGCUUCUUACCAAUCUCUCUCUCUCUCUCUCUCUCUCUCCAAAACCCUAAAAUCGAGAAACCUUCUCUCUCCUACCAAACGCCUCUCGCGUUUUCCUUGGGGUUCCAUCGAUUCCCUGCCCUAACACUCCAGGGUUAGGGUUCCUAUUUCAGUUUCAUUUCAUCUUCUGGAGUGAUAUGAGUUAGAAAAUCGUGAGAUUUUUCGAUUUCCUGCAAUCGGUAGACGGAUUCGGAGUUCCAGAGCCGAGAUGGCGGACGAUUCUCAGCUGGAGCAGAUCGAAGGCGAAAUCCGCGAUCAUUUCCGAGCUCUCGCGAAUGGCUUUCAGAAGCUGGAUAAGAUUAAAGACCCAAAUAGACAAACUAAGCAGUUGGAGGAGCUCACUGGGAAGAUGAGAGAGUGUAAACGGUUGAUUAAAGAAUUUGAUCGUGAAAUUAAAGAUGGGGAGAAUGGGAAUCCUCCUGAGGUCAAUAAACAGCUCAAUGAGAAAAAGCAGUCCCUGAUCAAAGAGCUGAAUUCAUAUGUGGCGUUGAGAAAAACGUACACGAGUAGUCUCGGUAAUAAAAGAGUGGAACUCUUUGAUAUGGGAGCUGGAGGGAGCGAUCCUGCUGGUGAGGACAACGUUCAAAUGGCCUCAGCAAUGUCUAAUCAAGAGCUUAUAAGUUCUGGGAUGAAGACCAUGAAUGAGACCGAUCAAGCUAUUGAACGCUCCAAACAGGUUGUUGAGCAAACGGUCGAAGUGGGAGCUCAAACAGCAGGUAAAUUGAAGGGCCAAACUGAACAAAUGGGCCGCAUUGUAAACGAGCUAGAUACCAUUCACUUCUCAAUCAAGAAAGCUUCCCAAUUGGUGAAGGAGAUUGGUAGACAGGUGGCUACCGAUAAGUGUAUUAUGCUCUUUCUAUUUCUCAUUGUCUGUGGUGUGAUAGCUAUCAUUAUUGUGAAGAUUGUGAAUCCCAACAACAAAAACAUCAGAGACAUCCCCGGUUUGGCGCCGCCGGCGCCAACCACAUCAAGGAGAUUGUUGUCGGUAAAAACAAUGGGAGCUUUUCACUAAUCAUCCCCAAUCUGGAUUUUGGAGUGUUCAUGUGAUAUGAUGGUAGAUGGUGAGUUGAGCACAGAGGAAUUUACAAUCAAUGCAGGUGGCGGGGACCAUUAUCCCUUAUCAGCCAGUCUAUUUGUCUUAUUGUGGAGAUGUCCCGGUCACGAUUCUUUACCCAUGUAAAUCAUAGGUUGAGGCUUUAUUUCUUUUCUUCUUUUUUCCUAUUUCAGUUUGAAAUUUAAAUUCUAUGAUUGUGUAAACUAAGAAUAUGAUAUUUGGCCUUGUGAUGUAUUUGCAGUGUUGAGCUUUCUUUGUUUUUCA